CUUUCUCUCACAUGUAAAACACAGAUUAAGAAUCUUCUAUUAAUAAUUCAAUUGUAAAAGAACCAGCAAAUCAAAAUUCUGUUAUAAAAAAAAAACAUAUAAAAAAGUCAUCAAGACGUAUCCACAAAAUACCAAUAAAAACUUAAUAAUAGUUGUUCGUUUAAAUUUUUUAAGAGGGUAAAUAAAUCAAAGAAGUAAAAAAAGUUAAUUAUCACAUUAGGUUGCUCAAGAUUUAAAAUUAAACUAUUCGAGUGCUAAAUCCUUAAUACAUUAUUAUAAAAAUAAUAAAAGACCUAUUCCUGUUUAAGUAGCUGAUGUUUUAAAUGGAAAGAGGCCAUGCCCUUACAAAAGCAUCUAAAAUUGCUAGAAUACAUAGAAUUAGCUAAAAAUAGAAGUUUGGCUAAAGCAUUAAUUUAUCAAAGCUUAUAGCUUUUUUGAAACAUUAAACAAGCAAGAAUUAAGUUUUGCAAAUUAAUUUCUUUCAUGA